AGAAGGAAGGACACUAGGGGCUGCUGCUGGCUACCCUGCUCGGCAUUUCUGCAGCAGCCGUCCAAGAAGGAUAAGAGAGAGGUCCUGCUAAGUGGAGCGAGUGCAGGAGGGCGGGACUGCUCGGGCGCACUGGCAGCCGGGUUCAGACAGGGUUAAGACCAUCACCUGCAGUUGAAGAGCGACCCACAUGGGAAGUAGGAAGUGCCGCGCCUGAGCUUCCUGUAUAAAUAAACGCGCGGCUCCUGGGGCUGCUGCUGGCGUGCGGAGCCCCACGCUCUGCAAGGUUCCCGGGCAUCGCAGCUGUGCCCCGAGGCAGGAGGCGGUUACAGGUACUCUUCCUCCGGCCCAGUAGGUCUGGGAGCCCGAGCCCUUGUGCAGUCCUACAGAGCGCGAAGCUGCCAGCGGCAGAGGGAGAGAAUGGAACAACUCCUCUUCCCCGGGGUGCGAGCAGCCCCGGCUGGCGGUGAGCGCGAGGGAGUCUGCUGAGAAGCCCGGCGGCUGGGAGGAACGUAGCUCUCCUGCCAGGGAUAGAGGAGACUGAAGAACGCUGAAGACAGGCUGAUGGGCUCAGCUGGUAGGCUCCACUGUCUCACCAUGACCGCUGCCGAAAAUCCCACACCUGGAGACCUAGCUCUGGCCCCCCUCGUCACUUGCAAACUCUGCCUGUGUGAACAGUCUCUGGACAAGAUGACCACGCUCCAGGAAUGCCGGUGCAUCUUCUGCACAGCUUGUCUGAAACAGUACAUGCAGCUGGCAAUCCGAGAAGGAUGUGGGUCUCCCAUCACUUGCCCUGACAUGGUGUGCCUAAACCACGGGACCCUACAGGAAGCUGAGAUUGCCUGUUUGGUAUCUGUGGAUCAGUUUCAGCUUUAUCAGCGGUUAAAAUCUGAACGAGAAGUUCACCUGGACCCCUACAGAACGUGGUGUCCUGUCGCAGACUGUCAGACAGUAUGCCCCGUCGCAUCAAGUGAGCCAGGACAGCCCGUGCUCGUGGAGUGCCCUUCUUGCCACCUGAAGUUCUGCUCGUGCUGCAAGGAUGCUUGGCACGCAGAGGUCUCCUGCAGAGACAGUCAGCCUAGCGUCCUGCCAACAGAGCACGGGGCCCUCUUCGUGACGGAGGCAGAAGCCCCCAUUAAGCAAUGCCCAGUGUGCCGGGUUUAUAUUGAACGCAACGAAGGCUGUGCUCAGAUGAUGUGUAAGAACUGCAAGCACACGUUUUGCUGGUACUGCCUCCAGAACUUGGACAAUGACAUUUUCCUCAGACAUUAUGACAAAGGGCCGUGUAGGAAUAAGCUCGGCCACUCGAGAGCCUCAGUGAUGUGGAACCGAACACAGGUGGUCGGGAUUCUUGUGGGGUUGGGCAUCAUUGCCUUGGUGACUUCACCCUUGCUGCUCCUGGCUUCCCCAUGUAUAAUCUGUUGCAUCUGCAAGUCCUGUCGGGGCAAGAAGAAAACGCAUGACCCAUCCACAACCUAAAGAUCUCCGUUCGUAUCCAUGUGCCACAGAUGUCUGGGUUAUACGAGACAGCACAGUGAUAAAGCCCCCCUUAGUGAACUCGCCUCCCCCUCCUUGCCAGACUUUGGAAGUGCCUCUGUGUCCAGACUUUGAACUUGCCUGCCCACCUUCGGCAUCCAAAAAGGCCAAGCGCUGGUGCGUAUGUUCCUGUGUAAAGAGAACCGAGUGCAACAGUCCAGGCCAUGUCUAUGGAGCGUGUUGGAAAGCUUUGGGGUUGAUGGGGAGGAACUAACACACCGUCAUGCUAUCGUCUGAAGGAUCCCACUGGACUGUUCAACUUCCAGCCACAUUCAAGGAGCCUGAAUGAACACUUGGUGUAAUAAACGUGCUGCCAGUUGUGACAACACGCGCUAACUGAGAAGCCAGAGUCUGUUGUGUUGAUUGGACCAUCGUGAGAAGCAUGAGGAAAACCUCCUGUAGGAGGGGAAGGAUCAGACUGCUUAAGGGGAAAUUCUUAUAAGAAUUGUAAUUCUUGUAAGAAUUAUAAGAGAGCUGCUUAUCUUAGGAGCUGAUAUGGCGGUUCUGCCUCUGCCGGUUAGCGGGUGUGCUGAUUCCCCAGGAAUUUAGCGGAAACACAAUAGGUUUCUCCUGUGUGGUCUCAGUGUCAAGCAGGAGAAAUUGCUAUGCAGAGGGAGUUGUCCCUUCCCAGGAAAAGGGCUGCAGCAGGUAAAACAAUCUGGUCUAAUGUAGUAUUUCUCCCCUGGGUGAUGAACUUUUCUUACAUCUAGUAGCUGUGGUCUACAGGAUUGUUUUAUAUGAAGUAUGGGUAAAGUGGCAGAGAUUCAAAAUCAUCAUCACAGGUAUCAGGGACCUUUCUUGAGCUCUCUGUUCAUGCACCCAGCAGAUAUAGAAUUGGACCUGCAAGUACACACCGAGAGUGAAUAUUAAAGUCCAUAGGUAUAUCUAGAAUCUGUAUAACUUGCUGCCUACCUAGAGUUUCUAUUCAUUGGGCAUGAAUGGAUUUACCCAAUAGUACACACAAAAUAAAUGUUUACUUAAAAGCCAUUCUUCUGGGAUGGUUAUAAUAUGGUUUAUUAUAAAUCAACCUAAAUAUUUUUUGCAUAUUAUAUAUGUAAAUUUUGGUUACAAGUUCAUAAGUUCCCCAAAGGUUUUGACUCAUAAACGUAACUCUUUUAAAAGAGUACAAUGUGCCAUCCCAGUUUGUAAAAACGCUAAUUGAUCAUCAAGUUGUUUAUGUAUUUUCAGACACGAUUCAGAGCAGCUCUCUUCCCAGCAGCAAAGUUUUGCUCUUUCAGCAUCUGUUAGGGCAGUCAGAGUACUUUUUGUAUGUACAGGGCACUGAUAAAACAACAAAAAAUAUCUGAGAAACAAAAUGUAAAUGCUUUAUGUAUCUUAAAUAGUUUGGGUUCGUAUCACCUCACUGUGGCUUAUUUUUCCCAUUAUUCUGUUAGUCAGAUUUUGAAUAAAUGAGUUUUGAAAAGACAGUAACUUUUACUAUAGUUGCCAUUAGCACAGUAACCUGAUGCUUCGUGAGAACCAUGUUAAAUGUUAGUGGACGGCUCUCCUUGAAGCUAGGGGUACCACAUCAAGACCUAUCAGGACCUAUUUUCUGAGGUAACUGGGUAACUAGACUAUUAAAUUGCUGCUAUCCUGGACCUGUUAUUAAAGAACGAUGCUUUGCCUAUGUAAUGGAUUGUAUUCUAAGUGGGGAUGUAUAUAUUUAAGAAACUUUAAUUCACAUGUACAUAUUGAUAUCUGUAUAGUACAUCUAUUGGUCGUGUACAUUUUUAUUUACUGUUUGUAUAGAACAUAGAUGAGAACUCUGGGAAAACUUUUGAAUGGCCACCAACCCCAAAAUAUUUUAAAUUAUUCAUUAGAAAUUUCUCAAUAUUAAGUGUCUUUAUUUUCCUUUGAAACUCUAAACACUUCAGGAAAACAAAUCAAUCUCUUCUUCUAGCACUGUAUUUCAUAUUAGUACAAAUAUAAAUGGAUAUAUAUUUGAGUAAUUUGCUUUUUCUUACACUGCCUUAUUAUAGUACAGGGCAUUUAUAACUGCUCAGGGGAUCACAGGAACUCAACUGAAAUUGAAUUUUUGUACCAAGAAUGUCAGUCAUGGCAAUGUACUCCCCAUAUUAAUACAGUCUUCAAGCUGGGUUCCACAAAGAAUCUUUAAACAGGGGCUGAUUUCAAGUAACCUAAAAUUCUGUUAUCUGAGGCAGAGCUCCUGAAUUUGGAGUAAAAGUGGAAGAAAGCAUCUAUGCUAUUAUUUCCUUGACAAACUGAAGGACUAUGUCUUCUCACAGAGAUGCUAUAAAAGAAUUAGCUUACUUUUUUUGUGGGGAGUGGGAAGUGUUUGUCAAAUAGAUUUAAAAUAACUGGAUUUAGAGGGACUUCCCUGGUGGUCCAGUGGUUAAGACUCCGUGUUUCCACUGCAGGGAACACGGGUUCGAUCCCUAGUCAGGGAACUAAGAUCCCGCAAGCCAUGCAGUACAGCCAAAAAAUAUAUAUAACAUAAAAUAAUUUUUAAAAAGAACUGAAGUAGAGAAUAGCUUAAAAUAACUGGAUUUAAGUUUUUAAAUGUUGAAAAGUGCCUGAAAACUGGUGAUUUCUUCCUUAAAGCGCUCAACUAUUUGGCCUGUGUGAGAUUGUUGGAAUCAACAGGAAGAGGUUGGUUGGUUAAAACCCACUUAUAUCUCCAGUGCAUCAAAGGGUGAGAUGCAAGCCAGUCUAGAGAUUGUGUUUAUAAUGGGGAAAGCUGGCAACUUUGAUAACAGAGACUGAUGUUUUCAUUUUGUAUAACUGGCCAGAGAAAGGGUUUACCCUUGUCGCCUUCCUCUGUUUGUCAGCUCUGUCCUUCCCUAGUGAUUCUCUGUCCGUCCUAGGAAGAAAUAUGGGUCUAUCUAAUUAUCUUUGGAUGUUGUGGCAGAAGAUCGUUUGGUUUGAAGUAGUGUAGUCCAUUUGAAAUAGAAAUUAAACAAAUCCUUCGCCACAUUGUAAUCUGGAUGGGAUAACUCACCAUCCAGAAAAGCUAUUGGAUGUAAUUCCAUAACGUUUAGCUGUUGCCCCUUCUAGGGAUUUUUUCCAUUGUUAUUAGGCAGGGAGGUGAAGAGGAAAACCACUUGGAACCAAGUUUUAGAAUCUUAGGCAUCCUAUUUGUUCAUGCCAUGGAUGUUUGCUCCCGACUUGAAAUCCCUAGUUUGAAAGAGGCCUUUGAAAAACCAACAAUUCACAGUGUGAAUUUUCUUGUCGCUAGCAUCACAAAAAUCUCACCUAUUCAGGUUUGAAAAUCUACAUGUUUAUUUGAAUGUAAAUCACCGUUUCUUAGAACCCCAAUUGUCUCUUAAAAAUUAUAGAGAAUCUAGGGCUUCCCUGGUGGCGCAGUGGUUGAGAGUCCACCUGCCGAUGCAGGGGGCACGGGUUCGUGCCCCGAUCCGGGAAGAUCCCAUAUGCCGCGGAGCGGCUGGGACCGUGAGCCAUGGCCACUGAGCCUGCGCGUCCGGAGCCUGUGCUCCGCAACAGGAGAGGCCACAAUAGUGAGAGGCCUGCAUACCGCAAAAAAAAAAAUAAUAAAUUAUACAGAAUCUAGAUAUGUAUUACUUUAGCCUUCCCUAUGCAGUGCUUCUAAAAGACUUUCUGUUCAUGAACAGAUGCCUUUAUGUAUAUAGAAUAUGUGUAUAUGUGUAGCUUUCAAGAUAGUUUCAGAAUGCCUUUGAUGAAUGACAUUUUAUAAAGCUGUUACGGUUGAUAUCUAUAGGCUGUUACAUCUCAUGUUGAUUCAUCAUCCAGAAAGUUUUGUUAUGUAUUUAAGAAAUUGCUGUAGUAUUAUAUUUUUCCAAGUAUUUGAGAGGAAAAUAGCUGUUUUAGUCUCUCUGGCCCCAAUAAAUGUGGAGCAGGAAAUCAA